GAUUUUGGAAAUGUCUAGGUGCGGAUAUUCAUAGGCAAAGAAACGCGAAUGCGGUUUCGACUUCUGUCAUCUUCUCUCUUUCUCUCUCUCUCUCUCUGGUUAAUGUAUGUAUAAUCCCCUUCCCCCAGUCAACACGGACGGCUAAAAGACCCAGCCCAAAGCUCCCUCUCUCUCUCUCUCUCUUUCUUUCUCUCCCUAUCCUUCCAAGAAAAACCCUUACGGCAUCACAUUUAUAAAUUCCUUAAAUCAUUUCAAUUUCCCAUUUUAAUUAAUUCUUUGAUUGAAGUCAGCGCCAAAACAAUCCGUCCAUAUCAACCCCAAUUCUUUUCUUGUUUAAAACUUUGCUCUGUGACUGCGAAUUUCGUAUUGACGAAAUGUCAUCUGAGAUCGAGGUGGUGGAGGAGGAGGUACAAUUUGCCAAUGGGGAAGCGGCAUCAUCUGUUAAUGGAGCCAAUGGGAUCGCUAAUGGUGACGCUGUUGGCGAGGAUAGCUUGAGGAACGAUGUUUAUACCGCUGCUGCCUAUGGGGAUUUGGAGAAGCUUCAGAGAUUGGUGGAGAGUGAGGGUUGUUCUGUAUCCCAGCCUGAUAGCCUCGGUUACUAUGCUUUACAGUGGGCCGCUUUGAAUAAUCGAACUGCUGCUGCUCAGUAUAUUAUUGAGCAUGGAGGAGAUGUAAAUGCAGUAGAUCAUACCGGGCAGACAGCAUUGCACUGGAGUGCAGUUCGGGGUGCAAUCCAAGUUGCAGAGCUUUUACUCCAAGAGGGUGCUCGCGUAACUGCUGCUGAUGUUUAUGGAUAUCAGACAACACAUGUUGCUGCUCAAUAUGGUCAGACAGCUUUCCUCUAUCACAUUGUCUCAAAAUGGAACGCAGACCCUGAUGUUCCUGAUAAUGAUGGAAGAAGCCCUUUGCACUGGGCUGCUUAUAAAGGUUUUGCCGAUUGCAUACGCCUUCUGUUGUUUCUGGAUGCUUAUAGGGGACGGCAGGAUAAAGAGGGUUGCACCCCUCUCCAUUGGGCUGCAAUUAGGGGUAACUUGGAGGCAUGCACAGUGUUAGUACAGGCUGGCAAGAAAGAAGACUUAAUAGUUACUGAUAAUACUGGCCUUACACCAGCCCAGCUUGCUUCUGACAAGAACCACAGACAAGUUGCUUUUUUCCUUGGGAAUUCUAGGAAAUUACUUGACAAACGUUGUGAUGGGAAUAGCCGCCUUGGACGUCUCUCAAAGUUUGGACUUGCUCCUGUACUUUGGGCUGUAAUACUGCUACUAUUGGUGAUCUUUAUUCAUUCUGUCAUUAUGGAUCCUAAUCUACCAAGGUUAACAGCUGGUUUUGGCCUUCUUGCCUGGUUGGGUGUUUUCCUAGCAACUGUUGGACUAUUUAUGUUUUAUAGGUGUAGCAGGAAGGAUCCAGGUUACAUUAGAAUGAAUGUGCAUGAUCCAGAAAACAUGAAAGAUGAUGAACCUCUUUUGAAGAUCGAAAUAAAUAAUCCUGCAUUGCUAGCUGGAAAUUGGUCUCAACUUUGUGCAACAUGCAAGAUUGUUAGACCUCUUCGUGCAAAGCACUGUUCCACAUGUGAUCGUUGUGUUGAGCAAUUUGAUCAUCAUUGCCCAUGGGUAUCUAAUUGUAUCGGCAAGAAAAACAAAUGGGAUUUCUUUGUGUUUCUUGUUCUAGAAGUUUCAGCAAUGUUGCUUACUGGUGGGGUGGCUCUUACAAGAGUUCUGACUGAUCCAGCAGCUCCCUCUACAUUCGGUUCAUGGAUAAACCAUGCUGUUGUUCAACAUACUGGUGCUGUUUCAUUUCUGAUUGUGGAUUUUUUCCUGUUCUUCGGUGUGGCAGUAUUAACGGUCGUGCAAGCUUCUCAGAUAUCUCGCAAUAUAACAACAAAUGAAAUGGCCAAUGCGAUGCGUUACAGCUAUCUUCGAGGUCCAAGUGGUCGCUUCAGAAAUCCAUAUGAUCAUGGUGUCAGAAAGAAUUGUUCAGAUUUCUUGAUCAAUGGCUACAAUGAAGAUGUGGAGUAUAUUGAAGAUUCUCCACAUUCUGAGGGGAUUGCAAUGAUGCAUGUGAUGAGGAAUUCAAGCACGCAAAAUGGGGAUGUACACUCUCCUCACAUCAAUGGCAAUGGCCACAUUGCCAUUAAUGUGAAUCCCGACACUAAAGUCCAUCAAGGUCAUGUCCAUUCUUCGCAUUGCAGCCAUAGUAACCAUGGGAAGUCCAAAACAGAUAGCGUUCCUUUGGGUUUGGGUCUUGGUCUUGGACGGAGCAAUGCUCGUACUGUUGCAGCUUCAUGAUGAUGUUUCAAUUUGAUACAGUCUGAAACUGAUGUGUAUUGUAUCAUAUUGCAUCUGAUUAACCUUUUGUAAUGUAAUUGAUUGUUGCUUCUUUUUGCCCCCCUAAAUGGCGGUAUUCUUGUAAAAAAUUUUACUCUGAUAAGGUCGUAGACUUAGCCAUCAGUGUUAAUGGCAGAUUUACAUUCAGUUAGCAUACAACUGUAGCAGUCUGAGGGUGAGCCUUUUCCACUCUUCCACUUGGUGGCAUCUUCUUCCUCAUUGUUUAUUUUUGUACUUGUCUCUUCCUUACAUUGAUUCCGAUCCACUUAGUGAGAUUUGAGCAUGAAGUUUCAUAUGUGAAAUUACAAUUUUUUUCUUCUUGAUA